AAAAUCUAUCACAGCCAUUGCAACCAAAAUUUACGGAUUCGAACAAAAAUCUUGAAAAUUUAACAUUUUGUGGUCACGAUGAAGAAAAACAUGGUAAAACAAGCUUUAAGUCGCAAAUUUGAUACCGGCGAAUUGGAUCGCGAUUCUGACCUUCAAGAUUUUCUAAAAUCCAUCAACGAAACAGUUCGAACGCUGAACAUUUCGGAAAUACGCAAAUCCGACGAUUCGGCUGCAAAACUCCGUAUCGCCGGAAACCAGCUCUAUCGGGAACGUAAGUACGACGAAGCGCUGGUCUCCUACAACGAGAGUAUCUGCUACGCGGAACCCAAGUCGGACCAACUGGGCAUGGGAUAUGCCAAUCGAUCGGCCGUUUACUACGAGCAGGGCGAGUUCGAGUUUGCCCUGUACAACAUCGAUCUGGCCAAGCGGAACAACUAUCCGGAGAAACUGAUGCCGAAGCUGCUGGCCAGGGAGCUCAACUGCAAGCAGCAGAUUGUUCUGGGACAUUCCAAAGGUACGGUUCCGCGUCCGAUGAUGAGCAUCAACGUGGACACCCAUCCGAGGAUCCCCUUUUUGGCCGAUGGGAUCGGAAUGAACUAUUACCCGAGGUGUGGACGAGGAUUGGCGGCUGAAAAAGACUUUAACCCGGGCGAUGUUAUCUUGGACGAAAAGAUCGAAUUGUGCGGGAUUGACUUUGACUUAGCUUGUCACAACUGCAAUCACUGCAGUGCUCGAUUCAACUACAGCUUGAUUCCUUGUCCAACGUGCCCGAUCUUCAUGUACUGUAGCCAGGAAUGUCUCGAGCAGAACUGGAAGUUCUACCACCGAUUCGAGUGUGGCGUCGCGACCAAGCUGAGCAGUGCUUCAUUCGUUACAUUGAUGGUUAGCCCACGAUUGUUUUUCUACGGAUUGUCGCAGUUUGGAGAUGAUUUGCAGGCCAUGAUGGAGUACUGCGAGCCCGAGGUCACCGAGCCAUCUAAUCCUCUUGACCUGGAUUACACAAAUCUCAACCGGCUAGAGGUGUACAAGGCCUUGUACAACAAUCAUCCAUUUUCUGAUCCCGAGAUUGAGUAUGUGAUGAAAUAUGUAGCCUGCGUCUAUUACGUCGUAUUCCUGGAGAACCCUGCGGUCAGUUCGAUCAUUCUUACUGCAGCCCAGCAACGGUUCUUCCUGCUAUCCCUGCUGCAACACGCUCGCUUAUCCUGCUCACUGUUGGCGGAUACUUCAGACUCCCAGUCGCGAUCGCUGGGAACAAUUUCCCCAGUUUACAGCAUUUGCAACCAUUCGUGCGACCCAAACGCGGCAACGUUCAUCGACUCCGGUCGCUCCAAGGUAAUAAUCCUCCGUCCCGUCCACAAAGGGGAACAGAUCGUCACCUCCUACGGACCUACUUGGUGGCGUCCCCGUCCCGGACACAUCCUGGGAUUCCGGUGCAGCUGCAUUUCCUGUAACGCCGACCAGAAGUGGCGUUCCAUGAUCGAGCAGCGCUUUUCGCCGGAAGCAAGCAAAAAUUUGCAAACGCUGUACGAAGUAACGGCCAGAAACGAAUUCAGCGUGGCCAGCAAGCUCAACGCGUUGCAGCAAUUUGUCAAACGAUACGCCGAUCGUUACCACCCUCAGAAGGACCUCGGAAUGAUUCUGAGCUCGUAUCGUCUCCUGUUGGACUUUGCCGUUCGCAACGAAAAUGUUGCGCUGGAACGGGCGCAUUUGCAGGCCGCCUAUGCUGACCAUUCAGUGGCGGCAAAGUAA